AGCAAAGGGCUUUUCUUAGACAUAUGCAGACAGUUGGAAGGAUCCAAGCAGCAGCUUCCUUGGAUUCGUCCAGCAGGGAAAUCAGAGAAAAUGACUUGGCUCCUGUUCAGAACAUCAGGGGCUCUGGCCAUUUUAAUGGUGCUCAUACUGGUUCAUGGAGAAUUGAGAAUAGAGACAAAGGGUCAACAUGGAGAAGAUGAGACUGCAAUACAAGGCAGAAGGAGAUACAAACGUGAAUGGGUGAAAUUUGCGAAACCCUGCAGAGAAAGGGAAGACAAUUCCAGAAGAAAUCCAAUUGCCAAAAUUACUUCAGAUUUCCAAGCAACUCAGAAAAUUACCUAUCGAAUUUCUGGAAUGGGAAUUGAUCAACCCCCUUUUGGAAUCUUUGUUGUUGACAAAAACACUGGAGAAAUAAACAUAACAGCCAUAGUUGAUCGUGAGGAAACUCCAAGCUUCCAGAUUACGUGUCAUGCUCUAAAUGUCCUAGGACAAGAUGUAGAGAAACCACUUAUAUUAACAGUUAAAAUUUUAGAUGUCAAUGACAAUGCUCCAGUAUUUUCACAAAGUAUAUUCAUGGGUGAAAUUGAAGAAAAUAGUGCUUCAAACUCACUGGUGAUGAUAUUAAAUGCCACAGACGCAGAUGAACCAAACCACCUGAAUUCUAAAAUUGCCUUCAAAAUUGUCUCUCAGGAACCUGCAGGCACACCCAUGUUCCUCCUAAGCAGACACACUGGGGAAGUCCGUACUUUGACCAAUUCUCUUGAUAGAGAGCAAGUUAGCAGCUAUCGUCUGGUUGUGAGUGGUGCAGACAAAGAUGGAGAAGGACUAUCAACUCAAUGUGAAUGUAGUAUCAAAGUGAAAGAUGUUAAUGAUAAUUUCCCAAUGUUCAAAGAAUCUCAGUAUUCAGCACAUAUUAAGGAAAAUACUUUAACUUCUGAGUUGCUUCGAUUUCAAGUUAUAGAUUGGGAUGAAGAAUUCACAGAUAAUUGGCUUGCAGUGUAUUUCUUUACUUCUGGAAAUGAAGGGAAUUGGUUUGAAAUACAAACUGAUCCCAGAACUAAUGAAGGCAUUCUGAAGGUGGUUAAGGCUCUAGAUUAUGAACAACUACAAAGUGUACAAUUUAGUAUUGCUGUCAAAAACAAAGCUGAAUUUCACCAAUCAGUAAUUUCUCAGUAUCAAGUGAAGUCAACACCAGUCACGAUUCAAGUAGUCAAUGUGAAAGAAGGAAUUGCAUUCCAUCCUGCUUCCAAGACAUUCACUGUGCGGAAAGGCAUAAGUAGUAAAAAACUGGUCAAUUAUGUCCUGGGAACAUAUCAAGCCAUUGAUGAAGACACUAACAAAGCUGCCUCAUAUGUCAAGUAUGUCAUGGGACGUAAUGAUGGUGGUUUACUAUUCAUUGAUCCAAAAACUGCUCAAAUCAAAUUUGUCAGAAACAUUGAUCGGGAUUCUACUUUCAUAGUUAACAAGACAAUCACAGCUGAGGUUCUGGCCAUUGAUGAAAACACAGGUAAAACUGCUACAGGCACCAUAUAUGUUGAAGUACCUGGUUUUAAUGAAAAUUGUCCAACAGUUGUCCUUGAAAAGAAAGCAAUUUGUAGUUCACUACGUUCUGUGGUUGUCUCAGCUAGAGUACCAGACAAUAAAUAUACUGGCCCCUACACAUUUUCCCUGGAGGAACAAUCUCUAAAACUGCCAGUUGUGUGGAGUAUCACAACACUCAAUGCUACUUCUGCACUCCUAAAUGCCCAGCAGCAGCUAUCUCCUGGAGAGUACACCAUCUCCCUCACAGUUACUGACAGUCAGGAUAGACAGUGUGAGACACCGGAGAGCCUGACCCUGGAAGUCUGCCAGUGUGACAACAGGGACAUCUGUAGAUCUUCUAAUGGGAACAAAGACUAUGAACGUCUAGAUGGAAAGAGGCCAUCAGGGAGGCUGGGGUCUGCAGCCAUUGGCCUGCUACUCCUUGGUCUUUUGCUGUUGCUAUUGGCCCCCCUUCUGCUGCUGACCUGUGACUAUGGGGUGGGUCCUAUUGGGGGAGUGACAGGAGGAUUUAUCCCAGUUCCUGAUGGUUCAGAAGGAACAAUUCAUCAGUGGGGAAUCGAAGGAGCCCAACCUGAAGACAAGGAAAUCACAAAUAUUUGUGUGCCACCUAUAACUACCAGUGGAGCCGAUUUCAUGGAAAAUUCUGAAGUUUGUACAAAUACAUAUGCUGGAGGGACAGUGGUGGAAGGAGCCUCGGGAAUGGAACUGACCACCAAGCUUGGAGCAGCUACAGGAUCUGGAGCGGCUGCAGGAUUUGGAGCAACUGCAGGAUUUGGAGCAGCCACUGGACUGGGUAUUGGUUCUGCAGGACAGUCUGGAACUAUGAGAACAAGGCAUUCCACAGGAGGAACCAAUAAAGACUAUGGUGAAGGAGCAAUAAGCAUGAAUUUCCUGGAUUCCUAUUUUUCUCAGAAAGCAUUUGCCUGUGCAGAGGAAGAUGAUGUCCAGGAAGCAAAUGACUGCUUGCUGAUCUAUGAUAAUGAAGGAAUGGGUGCCCCCAGUUCUCCCGUGGGAUCCUUGGGUUGUUGCAGUUUUAUUGCUGAUGAGCUGGAUGACAGUUUCUUGGACUCACUCGGCCCCAAAUUCAAAAAACUUGCAGAGAUAAGCCUCGGGAUCGAUGACGAAGCCAAACAAUCUCAGCCACUUUCCAAAGCCAGCCUUUCUGGGAUGGAAUCCUGUGGCUAUUCCCUAGAAGUCCAACAGCCAGAAUCUGUUAGGGGCCAGACUUUGUUAGGCAGUCAAGGAGCUUCCGCUUUGUCUGCUUCCAGCUCUGUUCUCCAAUCAGCCACUUCCAUUCCCAACCCUGUGCAACAUGGUAGCUAUAUGGUAACAGAGACUUACUCAGCCUCUGGUUCUCUCGUGCAACCUACCACUACAGUCCUUGAGCCACUACUCACGCAAAAUGUGACAGUGACAGAAAGAGUGAUUUGUCCCAUUUCCAAUGUUUCUGGCAACCUACAAACUCCGAUGGAGCUACGGGGGUCACGUAAUAUGAUCUGUACAGAAGAUCCUUGUUCCCGUCUGAUAUGACCAAAAUGAAAUAGAAUAAUAUAUUGACCGAAUAUAAAUAUUUGGACCAAAUUGCUCAAAGUAGCAUAGCAAAGCUCACAGUAUUGGUCUAAUUGGACACUUAUUUGGUACUCUCCUAAACUAAGCUUGAUUAAAUUUUCUAGUAAAUAUCCCCAAACUGGACAUGUUGUCACUCUUACUUCUCAAAUACCAUUCAAGUAGUAGUAAAUCUUGAUGUUUU